CUUAGAGGAACAUGGAGAAGGUCUGAAUUAGCAUCUGUAGAGACUAGGAAAAAUGCUGAGGAACUUACAGUAGGAUGGCUGUCUGGUGUUGCAGGCCCUGGUGGGGUCUGGCACCCGGCUGCAGUGAGGGGUGGUUUUCUCCAGCAGUGCUCACACUCUGGUUUUAAACUCAUCAAGUGGGUGGUCUGAUCCUUGCAAGGCUGGAACUCUGCCAGGCUGGGAUGACUAAGGAUGAGGGGGCCUGCCCCUAGGGUCUAAUUCCUUCUGGAAUGCCGGGUCCUGUGCACGUUUGCCUUCACCCGUCCCUUUUUCAUUUACUCCUCGCCAGCCUGAGUGUGUGCUUGCAGCUUUCUCUGGCAAACUCCUGUCACGCUGCAAGGUCCAGCUCACUUGUCACUUCUGUGAGGCUUUCAGCCGGUUACGCCUGCUGUCCUCCCACCGCCCGUGGCUCCUAGCUCUGUGGUUAUAUUGCCCAGCAAUUCACUUGUUUACAUGUUUGUCUUCCCAUAGUUCACAAGCUUCUUGUUUGAAACCACUGAUUAAAAAUAUGUAGGCCUAUUAGGCUCUCCUUCCCUUGGCUUUUCAUUAUCAAUUCUGUUGUUUUUGUUUUUAUUUUUUUCUGUUUCCUCCUGUCUCUGGCCAGUCUUUCCGAGUAUAUUUUGCUUGUUCCUCUUCUCAUGGUGCUCCCUGCGAGUUUAUCCUUGGCUCUCUUUACUGCUUAUCUAUUGUAUCUUCUUUGCAUGAGCUCGUCAACUUCCAAGGUUUACGCUACUGACUCCCACAUCAGUGUCCACCACCCACCUCUUUCUCCCAGGCUGCUCUUCUAGAGCUCACAGAUGCCCCACAGCGCUGCUGGGUCUCCAUGAGGCAGACAUGGUGUGACAUUUGCAUUCUGGCCAAGGCAUUCAGGAAUACAGAGUCCUGUCCUCCUCACCUAACCAGCCCUGCCCAAGAGGCCCUCAGGAGAUACGUGCACAGAGGAAGGAAAGCUAGGAAAGGCAUUUUUCCUAAUGAGGUUAUGGUCUCUUGCCCCAGCACGGAGUUCCAGAGAGCAGGUUUAAAUUGCAUUGGGGCCUUAAUCCUUUCCCGACUAGGCCUGAUUAUCUUGAGCCAAAGCAGCACUCUUUUAAGGCCUGUUCUGCCUCUUUCCACUGAUCUCAACCUUGAAUCUCAGCUCUUGAUGACUCCAGUGGGAGAAGAGGUCACAUCUACCACUGCCAGAGGACAAGGAGCUACAGAGGCCUGCAGAGAGAGAAAGGUCUGCUUCCGGAUCUAGGGUGGAGUAGAAUGGCUUUGGGCACUGUCUGCCCUAGGCCUUCUCAGGCUUAGCCACUGAGGAAAAUGAAAAAGCAAAUCCCUCUAGAAGGUGUCUCUAGACCCUUAGUGGAAGAGGAAGAAAGGGGUGGAGGACGAAGAAAUGAGUUGGCCUGUUCCAGGCUCCUAGUGCUCUUGGUUAACACUUGGGACACAUGGAAAGCAAAGAUAACUGGAGAGAGGGGUGACUGGACUGCUAUCCCUGUUUCUUGCCACAUGGAAGAGAGAAUUCAGAAGUACAAUGAGGAGAAGAAUGCUGGCCCAGCUCCCUCCCAUAUAGGAGCAAACUCUGCUUACUAGCAUCACCUGAAGGCCAAGCCACUGUAAUCGCAUCUCUCCUCUGCGGGUGGGGAAGAGGAAUCUUCAUUCCCCUAGCAGGUAUCUGAUCCUCAGCAUGUCGAAAACAUCUCAUUAUCUCUCCCCAAAACUUGCUUCUCCUCGUGUAUUCCCAUCUAAUUAGCACACCCUAAGCCAGAAACCUAGAUGUCAUCCCAGGUUCCAGGUUCUUCUCUUUCAUCAUCAUUUCUAGUCAGUCAUCUCUAGUCAGAAUUUGUUGAUUCUGAUCUUAUGUGGGUUGGGAACCAUUGCCCUAGUCAGCUGUCUGCACCCUUCGCUUAAGACUCCCAAGGGCACCUCCAACCCCAACCCAAACACCAGCCCAUCCUCUAUUCCCAAGCUUUUUAAAUAAGCUUUAUUUACUAAUUUUAUAAAACUAACACCUGCUUAUCGUAGGAAAUUUAGAAACUACAGAAAAGUACAAUGUAGAACAUUUUAAAAUAACAUCUAACCACACUUAACACUUCUGCACAUUUUCUUCCAGUCCUUUUUUCUACUUUAGGGUGUUUUCUAAGGGGCAGGAGUGGGGAGAGUGAGUCUUUUUAUUUUUGCAAAAUGGGGUCAUGUUCUAUUUAUAGUUUGAUAUCUGGCUUUUCUCACCUGACAUCUUAGGAGAACUGUAUCAUAUUAAGGAUUCUGAAGCCUCAUUUUAAUGGUUACAUAAUAUUUUAAACAUCUCAAUCAUGAUUUAUUUAACAGUUCCCACUUUUAGGAAACAUUGUGUUGGUUCAGGUUUUUCACAAGGAUGAGAUGACCUGUACCUCUGACUGUUCCCUAGUUUUCUGGAAGUGAAAUUACUUGGUAUCAGGCUACUAAUUUUUUAAGGCUCCUAAUUUUUAAAAUAAUGACAACUUAACUUGCCAGAAGCGUGAGGAAUACCCUUCUUCUCCCUGUGCUUCUGCCAACAGAGUGUUGUUAUUAUUAUUUAAUUCUUUAAGUUGUUACUAAUUUCUUAAAAAGCUGAGAAAUGAUAUAUUGAUUGUUUUGUGUCCUGGGCUUGACAAAGCACCUGGCAUCAUAUAGAAAGCGCUCACUAGAUGGUACUGAAGAGAAUGCUGUCUCACUGCACAAAAUCCAAGUGAUCCGCCUCAGGUUGUGUCCAGACUCUUGCAUUGAGAAUGAGUUCUGGCUGACCUGAGAUUGGUCACCAAAUAUCUGCCAGAGUCCUCAUGAGAACUGACCCCCAGGAGGAGCUAUGCAGUAGCACUCCAUCUCCCAGGGGUACCGGAGACUGAGAGGCAGGCCGUUCUGGAUCUGACAAAUUCACAGAGAGAUCACUGAACCUGAUCCAGUGGUGAUCUGCGUUCCUUCCUAACCCCCUGACACUUGAUCUGGGCAGUAGAGGAGGACUCAUCAUGCUCAUUAGUCAUUAAGAUUAAUGUUUCAAAAGGUUAAAAGGUAAAUAUUACUCUGCCAGCUCUUUUGAAAAACUGAACCUAAAGUAACAUUUUUCUCAGCCUCAUAAAAACCAGAUGUUCUCCCAUUCUUUGAAGUUCUUAUUCCCAACAAAUAUGACAUGGUAUUGAAGUGAAACACCAUUGUUCUAAGUAUAGCAAACCUACCUUGGGUAAAAGGCUCCUUUCCAUCCUUCCUUUGAGAUUCAAACUGAUGUCAGAAAACAUACAUAAAGUUUUAAAAUGGAGGUUUAGCUUUAGAAGGUGCAGGAAAGGAAAAAAAAAAAAAAACCCUGUAAAAGCAGGGCUAGAAAAGCUGGCUCAGCCGGCUGGAGGACAAUUAGGAAGAAAGUAUAAGAUGAAGAAGAGGGGGAAAAAAAUAAAACAAUGGGGUUUUGUUGUACUGUUAGGAAAUCACCGUUUCAAAGGUGAAAGUGUCAUUUUACAGCCUCACAGCUUUGCCUAACAGGAAGUGUGUGUUUGCUCUAAAUCCUAAUUUGGGUGUGUUCCUGUAGAAAUAUCGAACCUUCUCCUAAGGGAAACAGAAACUCAGUCGUGCAGGAAACUAGAUACUACAUAAGCAGUUGUAGCUCGGCGUGGCUCUAAGUAACAGUGGUGUGGAGGCAGGCAGAGGAAAAACCUGUUCCACAUUAGAGAGCAAGCAGGCAGUUCCCACCGGGUCACCAUGAGAGUCCGAAGAUUGCCUGUGGACAUUCAGAUUUUCUACUGUGCCAGACCGGACCAAGAGCCUUUUGUGAAGAUUAUCACCGUUGAGGAGGCAAAACGCAGGAAGAGCACGUGCAGCUACUAUGAAGAUGAGGAGGAGGCGGCCCUGCCGAUCCUGCAGACCCACAGCGCGCUUCUGGAGAACAUGCACAUCGAGCAGCUGGCCCGACGCCUUCCAGCAAGGGUACAGGGGUAUCCAUGGAGACUUGCAUAUAGCACAUUAGAGCAUGGGACCAGCUUGAAAACUCUCUACCGCAAAUCAGCAUCACUAGACAGUCCUGUACUGUUGGUCAUCAAAGAUAUGGAUAAUCAGAUUUUUGGAGCAUAUGCAACUCAUCCUUUCAAGUUCAGUGACCACUAUUAUGGCACAGGCGAAACUUUUCUCUACACGUUUAGCCCUAAUUUCAAGGUCUUCAAGUGGAGUGGAGAAAACUCAUACUUUAUCAAUGGAGACAUAAGUUCCUUGGAACUUGGUGGUGGAGGGGGACGAUUUGGUUUGUGGCUAGACGCUGAUUUGUACCAUGGACGAAGCAACUCCUGCAGCACUUUUAAUAAUGAUAUUCUUUCCAAAAAGGAAGACUUCAUAGUUCAAGACCUCGAGGUAUGGACAUUUGAGUGAAAUUCAGACUGCCUUAAAAUAGAAUGUUAACAAGACUGGGUUCAAACAGCCCUCCCAAAGCUGGCUGGAAGAUGAAGUCCAGCCCAGACUGCCUCAUCCCAUCCUAGUGCUUUCUUUCUGCCAUCAUCUCAGAGCAUGAUCACACUGAAGAGAGAUUCUGAAAGGGACAUGUGGAAGGCAGACGAUGAAGAAAGAAAUCUGAAGUCCAGAGUGUUGGAAGACUUUAUACUCUUACUUCCUUCAAAUCCAUAUAGUGAGGAAUCAGAAUAUUUAUAGAUGUAUGAGUUGAAUGCAAUUUUUAUUUUUGGUAACUGUGAAAAAGAAGAUACUGUGGAAAUAUAUACAUGCCUUGUGUAUUUAUCAAUGUAAUUUUCAUUACCAAAAUGUACAGCAUUCUGUUGUUUGCCAUGAAAGUUUAGUCUCAUUUAGAAAAACUGAAAGUGCACAGCACUUAAAGGGAAUAUGUGAUUUUUUUAACUGUUUUAUUUAUUAUUUCUAGUAUAUUGUCUGAAAUGUGUUGGCAGUUUUUUUCUUUUAAUGUGUCAAAUCUUGAAAUAAAGAAAUGUAUACAUUUUGUGCUAUGUUUUGGCAACAAAUCCAUUUGAUUUAUAUAAUUUUAUAUUAAAUUUUUUUGCCCUGAUUGUUUAGGGUGAUAUGUAUAUGUAUGUGCUGCUUAAUGUCCAUAUAUAUAUGGACACAUACACAUAUAUAUAUACAAACACAUAAUUCUGAAUUUUUUUAAACUCAUUACCAAUGUUUAUUAAUUUGACUAUUGUAGGCCAGCUUUCCAUUUACUCAUUAAAAAGGUACAUUUUUUGUUACCUACUCUGAACAUAAUUGUGUAAAAAAAAAGUAAGCCAUUUCUCACAGUCAUAAGUUGAUAUUUAUAGAAAUGUAUACUUUUAAGAUCCUAGAAUUAGAACAGACUCUGCUUUUGAAAAGAAAAUGUUUUGGUUCUUAUAAAAUCAUGUAUGUUAAUAACAAAAAUUGUAUUUUCAUUUUUUUGUAUAAUUUCCCCCAGGUUUUCAAAUUAAUGAACAGUCCUCUGUUUUAAAUGGGACUGUUUUAAUUUCUGUAUAUUAUAUGAAAUGAAAAAUGUCAAAUUAGCCCAAUUGUCUUGGUUUCUGACUAUUUGAGAAAAAGCAAUGCAAAGAAAUGCAUUCAUACCAAAAUUGAAAUAAAAAGUAAAACCUGUUUUUUAAUAUCAACCCACUUUCACAUCAUGAAACACUCUUUUAUUAAAGUUAAUAAUAAAGCCUUGUUAAAAUUUUAACCAAUAUUACUGACUGCCAGACUUCUACGAAAGCCAAAGACUGCUGAUGGAAAAAAUUUUCAAAUACUAGCCAAAGCUGAGAAAGUGGUCUGUCAUAAAUUACAUACCCAGUGAUCUCUUUGAAAGGAAAAAUUAAAAAAAAGUAGUGUUUAUAUACCUGUAUUUUUAAAAAGUAAACAACUCUUAGAAUGCUGGCCUUAAGCUGUCAGAAUAUUUCAUCUAGCUUACUCUUUUAUUUUUAGGCUAUUUAUAAAAGAGAACAAAUUGCCAGGUGGCCUCCUGUCAGAUCGACAAUUAUUUUACUCCAUUUACAUUCCAUGCAAGUUUAAAUGAAUGCUAUAAUAUCUUAAAUCUGUAGCCUGGGUGUACUUGCACCCAAGUUCUACUGAGAACUCUUGUUUAACAACUUAUCAGCAGUCUAACCUUAAUCUGCUUGUUAAAUAAUGUGUUGGUGUGAGAUAUCAGGAAUGUCUCAUGAUGAUCAUGUUUACCAUUUAUGCCAUUUGCAACCAUAUGCUAUUAACACACAAAAUGGUCAUUUUGCAUAUAGUUCACUCCUAUCUAGUUUAGUCCAUGAUAUUAUACUUGUGAGAGCAUAUCCAGAUGCUGUGUUCUCUAUUUAAAACAGUAUUGUCCAAUCAGAAAUGUGUGGCCCUCCAUUUAUGGCUAUUGAGUAUAUGUAAUGCAAUGCUAACCCAAUAUUUUCAAUAAAGGAAUUUAUGCAUUCAGUGUGA